AUGCCGUUAGUUUUUCUCGAACAGUUGCCGCUUCCUUCGCUUAAGUCUUACGUUGCCGUGAGUGUAUUGGUGUUUGUGUCCGCCAUUCUCUAUGCAUUGAAUGUGACUAUCGGUUCUGAAGAAAGCAAAGUCCCAGUAUACGAUUUCAUGUCUCAGGAUAAUUUUUGCUUCUGGGUAAGUAAAUACAACGAUGGAUUCAACACAGGGAUACUUCGUUAAUGACAAUGACCGGUGGUUUGCUGAUAUGCUAACAUAUUCAUUUUCCUUUUCAGUCGAACUUGAAUAUGGCUUACUGUUGUUUAUUUUUGUUUGGGAAAAUCAUUCAGAGAGUCGUAUUCGGCGAUCUUCGAGCCAGUGAACUACAGGUGAGUCUAAAAGUUGGACAGUUUGUAGCAGCCUCUAAAGAACGAUAUUUUCCAUGGUUUAAUUGGCUUCUAUUUAUUAGAACGGACAACAAUAAUUGAUGCAGUGAUGUUGAUCAUGCAAAUGUAUCAAAAAGCCAACGUAGCAUGUCAUUAUUGUUUUACAUUGUGUGCCAUCAUUUUGUCUUGUUACUCCUGUGGUGAAAUUUUAACUUAGGACCUUCAUUCACCAGUCAAGAUAUUUAAACCUAUUUGAUUCGCCGUACAGUACAGACUGUUUUGGCUAGGAAACUGUCGGUUAUAUGUUGUGUAAACUGCUAGUAUUUACACGUUGAUCGUUCAUCAUCAGUUUAUUACUCCUACUGUUUCUUGUCAUUGUAGGGUAUAAAAAAUUAAAAACCGUUAUUAAGCUUAUUGGACUUACACCAACAACAUCUCAUGAAACGUUUAAGUAUUCAAAGUUGUGUUGGGUACAUCAAUUUCAAUCCUUGCGCUCUAUUUUUUCCCUGUUUGCUACUCAUUAUCGCUCAUUGGACAUCAGCUUAUUAUUAUUUGAAAGGAAAUUUUGUUAACAUGUGCAAGUAUAUUAAAACGUUUACUGCAAGAAUCUAAAAAAAUCCCUCUACAGAUGACAAGACAUUUGAUAUUUUUCAGUGAUAUUUCUUGACAUAAGUUUCCACUGGAAGCGUACGGAGCUGACUCUGUUACCGCACUGACCUGGACCCUACUUUUGCCUGUUUGAAAAGUGUUUACCUCAACCCAAAAUCAAAUCUACUUGCCGGAUACAUCUAGAAAUCCACUUCAAUCCUACCUGAGGUUUCAUUUGAUCCUCAAUCUUUUACUGAAAACCUCUUUUUGAGCAAACUUUACUCAUCCUAUUACAUUAUUUUAUCAUAUUUGUUUAAAAACAGUAUUCAAAGGAACAUAAACAGAAGAGGUGAGAAACACGUAGGCCCCGGGCAGGAGAAAUUGCGUCCAUUUACCAAAGUAACAAGAGAAAUGAAUCAGUAACAUUGGCGAGCAAAUAAUUGUUAUAUAUAUUUGGAAAAUCGAUGGAAAAGGUUAAAUAUAUUUGGAAAAACAAGCUUUCUAGGGUCUAUAAUCACAAUUUUGGUUUGUAACUAGUUCAACUCUACAAGGUGUGUUUAGAGUAUUCUGAAUAUGCUUCUCACUUUCUGUUUCACAUCCAUCUUGUGACAUGCAAAUCAGCUAAGAAAUGGUAUCUAAUGCGCAGGUGCAUUAGCUGACUGUGUCCCUUUAAAGCCUAGUUUAGACCUGUAAUCAUACAUUAACUACAAACAGAGCAUGUGCGUUGUCGGUAAAAACACCUAUAUUGGCAGCUUAUUGUCUUGCAAACAACUUGGUCCAGUUGUGCGACUGAAGUCUCACCAAUGAAAUACAGCUUCAGCUAUACAUAAUGUAUUAAAAAUUAUCUCUUUGUCAUGCACAGCAUAGGGAACCCACACUCUUAUUUGUAAACUGCAAAUGGAAAUCAAAUGGGGGAUAAAAACUUACCUGUUCUGUUCUUGAAUCUGCUGCGGUGCAAAGUGAAAUGGAAGUUGUAUGCUGCAAAAAUGAUGUUUGUGUCGGCUCUUUGUCCGUAAUUUCACAAAUGCUUUAUUUUAUGUGGUUAGUCUGGCAUUUCAUUUCAUUUGCAUAAUUUUUUCAUAAUUUCCGCAUCAAAUCGAGCCAUUGUGCUGGACUUUGAGGCAUGUCUGGCUUUUGUCCAGUACCUGUGGGUACUGUUGUGCCUACCAACUAAUUUGCAUUUGAAAUUGGAAACCUCACCAGGGUGACAACUAGCACUUACACGAUGAGUUAUGAUGGGGUGAGGAGCCUAGUUAACAGGUCAUUUCCUCCCUUGCACCCGUUUUGUGAGAAAUUCAUUUUGUAUGUCCAUCAUGUCUGUAAGUAAAAUUAAUGCAAUAUGCAAUACUGCAUGAUUCAGUUUGUAAACAAGGAGAGUCCAUUACCCUUUAGUCUUCUUCUUUUUUGUAGUCAAAAGAAAUUUUGCAAAAAAGGGGGAAACUGUGGUCAUUGGUGUGUUAUUUAAAAUGAAUAUUAAGUGCGACCUGUUGCUUUGAAAAAAUCAUUUCCUUCAUGCAAGAUGUCACACCCCAUUUUCUUUGACACCAGUCAGUGGCAUGCUAUAUGAAUGGGGCUGUCAACCUCCCACGUCUUCAUAUAUUGAGAAUUGAUUAGGAGUGGCUGAUAGAUGACAUCAUAUAAUGCACCGCACAUGAUGUCAUCUGUGCAAAAAAAACUCGUUGACUCCUACUGUCAUGGAUAUUUGCAAUGACGCAAAACGUGCAAAAAAGAUGUUGUUGGCCUUAGACUGGUCUUGUAACAUUACUAAUUUUGAUCUGAUUGGUUUACUUCCCACUAAUAACAUUAUUGCUUAUAUUAUUACAAUGGCAUACUUGAGUUUAUGAAGGAAUGUUCGAUGUUAACAUUACAAGGCAAAAUAAUAUUUGAAAGUUCAUUAUUGGAAAGUCGAGUCUACAAGAAAUGGUAAACUUUGUGAUUGUCCGGGAGAUUUCAUACAGUUACUCUAAUCUGGAGACUGGGAGAUGCGGUCUAAAAUCUCCUGGAUUUAAUCCAGGAGAGUUGUCAGUACUGCAUGAACAUGAAGCAUAACUUGUUGCAUGAGAUAAAUAAGUGUCACCUUGGACAUCAAAAAUUGUGUCCUUGAUACAAGAAAUCGUGCUUUAUUUUCUUCGGCAAAACAGGCAACAUUCAAUUCUCACAUGACAUAGCAAGUGGAUUUGGAGGGUUGAAUUGUGGACUUAUUUUUGUUUUCCACAAAUAUAAUAUUAUUAUUGCAAGCUUUCAACAAACAUUCACAUUUCAAAAACAGUAAACAAGGGCUCUGCCAAGAAAGCUACUUUUUAAUGUCAGCCUGUGGAUCUGCUCUGGUGGUUAUCAAGCAGACUUAAGAGCUGUAAGGCUGUACCGGUGCUUACAAAUUAAGGACUAAAGCUAUCGGUCAGCCCCUACAUGUAGAUUAAGACAUGGACUUUUUCAUGUGUUUUUUUUGCAGCAAAUUCAAGACAGAUUCUGGAACUUUGUUUUCUACAAGUUCAUCUUCAUUUUUGGUGUGCUGAACAUUCAGAAAUUCAAUGAAGUCAUGUGGUGGACGGCUUGGUUUACAUUGUUGGGUUUCUUUCAUCUUUUUACGCAGCUUUGUAAGGACAGGUUUGAGUAUGUAAGUACCAUAAAUAAUUAUCUUAAGUAACAUUCGUUAAAACUCCAAGGUCAUGGUUUAACCCUGUUAUCUCUGAGAGUACCCCCAACAAACACAAGAUGAAAUACCAAACUUGAUUUAGCCUUAUUUGGAUGAAUAAACAGUACCAUUUCUGUGAAACUCACAAAACCGUGAAAACCAGAAACAUUUAUGGAAUGCUAUUGCAGGGUUUUCAGUUAGAACCGGUGGCCAGCGAAAUUCGCCGGCUAUUUCACAUGAACUCGCCACCUACUUUUCUUUGGCAAUUACCCCAAUAUUUUUUUUUUGAGAAAUUGUAAAUGCCGAGUCCACGAAUGUGUUCGAAUGACUUGAACCACUUUCGAAAUAAGACAUCACAUCUUUAUCUCAUUCGACGCACGUAUAAGAAAUGUUCUAGAAGUUUUAAAAUAAAAGAUAGAGUAAUCAUGUGCCGUCACAUAAUAAUAAAGCCAAAAUUUAAUGAUGUCUGUGUUCUGUUCAACACUCUAAUUUUUGCUCCAGAAUACUGGAAAUGCAUUCUAUGCAUUCAAAUUUUCCAGAAACUCGCACUUGCAAGUCGUGACUUUGUUGCGACUUUGUUUCCUUCUUCACCUACUCCAAAUCUUUUGCCGUCUAUGUAAAAUCUUAUCAAAAACCCUGUAUUGUGUUGCAAUGAAACAACAAAUAAGAGGUGAGAAGAGUAAACCACAAAAAGGAAAGCCAAAAAUUUUAGUCUGUGGUUUUGAGACUUGCUUGCACGUCCUGAUCUUUAUUGUGAAUGGUCACUUCACAAUCUGGUAGCAUUCCUGAAAUUUCUCAGGUGAUCACGGUUUUCAUUUGACAGUAAAAGGCAUUGCAAGUGAAAGCGAAAAAAAAAAGCACUGACAUUGUCGAGGAAGGGGGAAUUGUUUUGAAGACAAAAACUUCAUGUUGGCUUAGGUAUGAUUAUUGAUAUAAAAUAUUAUACAGAUUUCAGUGGGUGUUAUCUGCAUAACUUUUUGUAUCAUAUCUGGCUCAUCCAAUAAUGGCAGUUUUAAUGUCUAAUAGUCCAGUUGGAAUCUGUUACAGCCUCUGAAUAGAAGCACCUGUUGUGUUAAUUUACAUGUACUGUACCAGUUGGACCCCUUCCACAUUUAUAAUACAAGAGCCUGGUUGGCCUAAAAUUUGAAACAAGCCCUUUUUUUUGUUCCAAUUUUCUAAAGUUUAUAUAUAAAAAUAUUAGUGUAUUCUGAAGGAGGACUUCAAAAUUCACAUGAUCAGUGCUUCAAAUUUUCUUAUUAUUGUCAUUGUAUAUUAUGAAAUACCUACUUGGUUUGCAGAUCUUUUGCAAGGAAUACAUGUAGGCUGGAUAAUUUUUUUCUUCAGAAAAUAAGAAUGUACAUGUACAUGUUGAGAACCUAAAUAACUGCAGCCUAAAUUUAUGCUAAUAUUACCAUGUCAGCGUGCAAAGAAAGUCGUGUGCAAUAGCCUGGGGUUAGUGGAUUUUGCUAUCGGGUUAGUGGUUUUUGUUCUUUACUUGCCCAACAGGCAAGUGCUGUUUUUUGGGAAAUUCAAAUUACAGAAGGAUUGUAAUCAAUCCUGCUAAUCAAAAGGGUUUUGGGGCUAGUUGAAAUGACUUGUGGGCUGGUACAUAUUAGCUACAGCUUGCCUGAAUGACAGGCUGUAAAACUGGCUUUCUUUGCAGCCUGCAUGUACAGUGUAUGUAAGAACCUAUUGUACAGUUCUUACUGUUGGUGCACAACUGUAAUUUUACAUGUACUGUAUCAUGUGAAAGCAAUGCUGGAGAGGAUUGUGUGUAGUAAUGGCCACACAUUAUUCCAAAGUUACAUGUAGAACAAGUUAAAACAACAUAAUAAAUAAAAGUAGUACCAUAAAAAUGCACUGCAAACGAGGUUUCAUUUAAGUGGUCACACCAUAGGAUUUGAUCCUCUCAAACAUUGGAACCAAUUUAUACAGCAUAAUAAAAUAGUCCACGUGAAAAUGGUAAUGGAGAGGAAUUAGUUAGGACUUUACUUUGUCUGAGGUACGAGAACAAUGAUCUAGGGGGGUUGCUGCAAAUUUGGGGGUACCCUGUGACCUUGUCGUUCUCAAACUUUGCACAUUUCCUUGUUGCUGUUGUUGUUGUUUUAAUAAGUAUUGACUGAGGCACAUUUAGCUCCAGUGUUGGCGAUAAUUUUAUUUUUCUUUCAACUAUGUGCAGUUGUUACAUACACUGUAGUGUACAGUAUAUUUAUUACAAGUGAUCUUGCUUUUUCAGUUGUCAUUUUCCCCAACCACGUCACCUUGGUCUCAUGCAAAAGUGAUUGGAUUGCUCAAUGUUCUGGUUUUAUGCUGCAAUGGCCUCUUCUUCAUCUGCCUUUUUAUUGGCUGGCCAGAUGGCAUUCAUACUUUUACAUUCAUGUUAGCAGAGGUAAAAUGAUAUUAUGUUAUAAACAGUAGUAGCAAGACAGUACAUGUGCAUUUGUACAUGUACUUUUUUUGUCUGUUUUUACAAUCCAACAGCAACUGUUGGAAGUGGAAAGAGAGGAAUUUGUUCAGACAGCUCAGACUUGAAUACAUGUAGACCUGUGCGAAUGUUAAGCCCUGUGCAAUCAGACACAACUCCCAACAUUGUUGGAUGUUACAUGUUGCAUCAGUUUGCACACCCACGCAAGGCCGUGCUCUAAGAAAAAUAUUAUUGAAGGGAUCCCAGUGCUCUGAACCUGUAAAAUCCAGAGUGCCCAGUGUAUGUUGCAUAAUAUUUUAAAGAAAGUAAGAUUUUCUGGGCACUCAGGAGCAAAAGUUUAAGGUGCCAUGGGCCACCACCCAGGAACUGCUAGAGCACAGCAUUGUCCUGUUGCAUGUGGUUGCAUAUUGUUGGGAGUUGUUGCGGAAAGUUUCAAACCUGUUAAACCUUUGAGCCAACAGCUCCCAACAUUUCUUUUGUCCCAUGGUUGCCAAAGCGUAGCACAACGUACUUGCAUCACACAUGGUUACCUUGGAGACUGUCAGCAAAGCAAAGUGAUGAAUCACGCAUGAUGGGCCAACAGUGCUUCAACAUUGCUAGGGGUUGUUGCAUCCUUUUGCACAUAACUGCCAACACGGACACAACAACCCCCAAAACUGUUGACCCAACAAUGCUGGGAGCUGUUGCGUCUGUUUGCACAUAGCUUAAGAUUUACAGCCUUUUCUUUCAAAAGUGAUCAGAGAAUUUUAAUCGGUCUUUAUUGUACCAAACAAAGUACAAUUGCAUUUUGUAAGGCAAAGCAUUAUGAGUUACUUGUAACAUUUUCUUCCCCUGGGACCUUUCACUAACCUGUUCUCUUGCCUUUGUAGUAAGUAAUAAAAGUGAUAACUAAACAUUCCUUUGAAACCCUUGUGAUUUUUAACUUUGGUGUUUGUUUAUAUUCUUGUAGUGUAUGCUGUUACUCAUCAAAGUGAUCCAUGCUUUGAUAAGGUACGCUCAAGUACAUCAUUAAUGCAUAAAUGCGUCAGUCAGGUGGGUCAAUACAUACAUAGAGGGAAUUUGGUUUAGUUAAGGACUAUAAUAAAUUAUUGCUUGUCUCUUUUAGUCUCUUGAAAUUUAAAGGUAGAGGUAGAUCUUGAGGCUCAGACAAUGAGGUCAAAUUGUUAUAUAUUAUUAUGCACUAUUAUUGUAUAAUAAUAAUAUAUUCUUAAUGUUUGACAUACAUGCAUCAUGAUUUUUAAAUUAAAUUCAGUUAUCCCUUUCGGUGUUAUUAUAAGUCUUACUUGGAUAUAGCUUCUUAAGCCUACGUGAGUCUUGGCUCCUGUUGUUGGAAAGUUGGAUAAUGACUUUACACUGGAUUAAUAUUUCGUUAUUGCUCAUCCACUGGAUGGCGAUUUAUCUGGUGCAUGAAUAGCGCUAUCCAAUAUUUGAACAACCAGUCCAUUUAUUUUACCUAGGUCUUAAUGGGAGAAUGGCUGAUCUAGUGGAUGUGUUCUGAAGUAAUGGAGAAUUGCAAACCUUUGUAAUAUCUUAGUGUGCAUUAAUUAUUGAUUUGGGAUCUGAUUAGUUCACUGGAUUUUGGAUGCAUCUCAUGGAAGUUACUGCUUAGAAUACUAAUGUCUUGAGCUGUAGUUUUGCAGCACUCUGUUAAUAUCAAUGAUCCCAAUUCAUUACAUUAUUUAGAUAUGGAAUCCAUCUGUGGGACAUUGAACACACCACAAUGUGGGAAGGAAGAAGCACUUGGAGUUACAACACGGAUCUGAUUUUGGAUUUAGCGAUGUAUACAGUGGAUUUUGCCCAUCACUUACACAUGCUGGUGAGUGUAAUAAUUUAAUUAUCUUCUAACAACAAGAGACAUGUUUAAGUAUUUCGUGCAUGCAUGUUUCAUUGUACAUGUAAAUCUGCCAUAAAUUAAGGUAUGCAAUAAUAUUGCAGGAAAAGAAACCCAUCCAAGACAGGCAUACAUGCAAAAAAUACAUGAAAAAUAAAACAUGAGGAAAUUCAUGCAGAUUAUCAUGAACUGUGGGUAAAAUAAUUGUGCACUACUUUUAGAUUGCGUGCACUGAAUACAUUGUUUUCAGUAUUGGUAAAAAUCUGUUAAGCAAUGAACUUAUUUUAAAAAAGGUGUGUGUAAAAAGGGGUAAGUUUUGCUCGAUUGUAUAAAAUCUGUUCUAGUUUCGGGGAGCAUCUUACAACUGAACACCUGUCUUACAGCACUGGCUGUCCAUGAUGUUGUUUGUUAUCACUCUUUAAGCUGAAAAUAAUCUCAAGAAAAAGCUAUGGAUAUGUACAAUUCACUAUAGUUGUUGCAUGCUCUUUUUUCUGAGCUUUGUUAAUUAUUACUUGCAUCAAACAGAAGUGAGCAAAUAAGCAACAAAAAGGAUAUCUCUUUUUCAUUGUUUGCAUAAUAAAAAUUAUAAUGGAGUGUUCAAAGGACAUGCAUUUGAAACCCUUUGUUCAAAAAGCAUGUUGUUGUCUUUAAUAAACAAUGAAGAUGAGAUCUAUACAUUCUGGAAGUGUGCUUUUUAGCCUUAGAUGUAAUGUAGUGUUAUUGUACCCAUUACAUUGAUGGUUAAUGAACCUUUUAAAAAUUCAAUUUCAGCUGUGGUCAAAUAUCUUCUUAAGCAUGGCCAGUUUAGUUCUGUGUAUGCAGCUUCGACAUCUUUUCUAUGAAAUUAAGAAAAAGCUUGCCAAGCACAGGAACUACAUAAGAAUUAUCAAGUGCAUGGAAGCAAGGUAAAUUAUAGAAUUUAGAAUACUCAAGAAUUUUCACAAAGGCAGGGUGUUCUGUGUCAUAUGGUCUGUAACAAGCUCCUACAUGUGUCACUUCCAUACAUUCACUAAAUAGAGUACACUCUUUCUACAUGUGUACGUUUUCCACUGGAGAUGGGAUGGUCAUUUUACCAAUUAUUGCAGGGCAAAACCAAGGUACAAUGUAGUACCAUCAUUAUGAAAUUGUGUAUUUAAAAUGUUGGUCUAGAAUUCUCAAGCUGUAGAUUGCUUGCUGGUAAUUGCACUGUCACAUGUGUAGGUUUUGGUAAUACAGACCUUAAAAAACACAUGCACAUGAAUUUUUUAUUACUUUUUUUAAAUAAAUUCAUGGUCAAUGUUAAAUCACCAGAUUUCCUUUGGCUACUGAGGAAGAGCUGAUCAAGAAUAAUGAUGACUGUGCAAUUUGCUGGGACUCAAUGGCAGCUGCAAGAAAGUUACCUUGUGGUCAUCUCUUUCACAAGUAUGUCUUCUUUAUUUUUAUGUUAUACCUUUAUUCCAGCAUAAAGCCAGCCAAAAAUAACUGGCCCAUGACACUUACACAAAGUUCCGUAGAGAGGGGGUUCCUAUCUAUUUGAUACAUGUAUGGACAUAUGCAUUUUGCAAAUUAUUUAGUUGUUGGUAGUGUUUGAUUUGGUCCAGUCAUACCUCUACUUACACUGUAUUUAAACUCAUCGUCAAUAGAUGAGCUUCAGAACUAGUGCCUUAAAGGUUGGAUGGGAGCCUGAGAUCCUCCAGCUUAGCAAGGAGGUAUCCAUGGCAACCCUGCAAGCAGGAACCACCGCUGCAUGCAGCCACCAACUGGCAUGGUCAUACUGAAGGAAUUCAGUGGAAAAUACUCACCUAGCCUCAUACUUACCAACACACAAACCCAAAAAAAGGGAGGGAAGGGCUGGGAGCCAGAAUCUGCAAAGAUUUGCUUUAACACCAGAUCUGCAAAGAUCAGCUCAAAUUGCCAGCAUGAGAUGCAAUGUUAGUCACAGGAUAAACAAAGGUCCCUGUGGUCACCCCACAGAUCACAUUCGCCUGAGGAGGAGACUGUUGACUGCAUUGGCACGCAAUUUAACUUUGCCUAAAUUGCAUUUAGCCACAUUUAUCAUAAAAAUUGAUUUUAUUCCGGGUAGCAAAUUACGUAGUUAAUAUUACAGAACCUAUGGAUACAGUGUAUUGAUUAAGUUGUUGUAACUGGGGGCAUUUCUUUGAGUUUUGCCUUGCCUUUCUUUUUCAUGAUGCAGUUCUUGCCUGAGAUCUUGGCUGGAAAAUGACACAUCCUGUCCGACUUGCCGUCAGUCAUUAGCCAGUGAUCUGCAACCAGAACAGGAAGAGCAGAGGCAACCAAGAGGAAUGGCUGCUUUCAUGAUGGGACGUGGCCUCAGACGAAACCACUUUUUCCACUUUGAUGGUACAAAUUUGGAUCACAGUUAUUUAUGAGAAACCAUUUUUCCCCUGAAAUAGCGAAGAGUAAUUGUGUUGAAUUAAAGAAAUAUGUGCCAAAGAUUCCUUGUUUAGGUGAUCAUUCCGGAGGACCUUAUCAGGUAGAAAAAUAGAUCAGUUUGGAGACCACUUGUUCUCCUGGGAUGUAACGUACACCAAACCUUGGUCAUAAAAAUCAAGACAACAUAACGACUUUCUGCCAUCAUAUGUAUUUCAUUAUGGCUAACAUUCUCUAACGUGUACAUGUAUAAUUUAUCUAAUGUUUUAUGAUUUCAAAAUAUCGUUAUUGCUUACAAUGUACCAGUAUACUGAAGUUAGGAAAAAAAAUCCUUUUAAAACUGCUGGUCACAAAAUCUUUUUACAUGUAUGUGUUGUAGUUCAAUUUUUUCCGUGGUUUAAAUUUUAUUUUCCGUUAUUUUAAACUCAUUAUCAUACAUUACCAUACCACAAAACAAAGGGAAAUAAAAUUUAAACCAAGGAUAAAAUUGAACCACAACAUGUGUGUGAUUUCCUGUACGUACAAAAUUUCAACUUAUCAUCCUUCCUAAGUAUCCUAAUAUAACUUGUUUGUUGAAAAUGUUUUACUAUCACUGGUUUCUUUUGACUGAAACAAAUGAAACGAAAUUCUUCAUGAGAAGUGCAUCACACCUUCCAUAACUUUUCUUUAAAAGGUUCUCAAAUUGCCAGCUGGUUCCCAAGCUUUUCUGUGGAGGUGAUGCAUACAAGAGUCAAUAACUUAAUUGAGGGACAACUACCUGAAAGUCGCAUCGAAGCUAUGGUGAGAAUAGAACGUUCAUUUAAACUGUCAGGAUCUAAAAGUGAAGUUUUCUUGGCGCUAAGAGUCCUUUUAUCAAGACCUUUUUUGUUUUUGUUUGUUUGUUUGUUUGUCUGUUUUGUCUUAAUUUAUUUUUAUUAUUAGCUGAGAGACACAUGUCAUAUAUGAACUGAACCUUGACGCUUAGUUUUUUUAUGAGUUUCAUGGGCGGAUCUGCUAAUUCAAAAAGAGGGCACUGAGAGACUUGAGAGCAAGUUUAUAUAGAAACUUCUCCCACGUAUUUAUUGGUUAUAGCACCAUAAGAGCAUCUCAUUCCAACAUUAAAGCUCUAGAAGACAGAUUUUACUGAGAAUUCUUUAAAAUCUUCCCUCAGUUUAAGGGGAGGUCCCCCCCCCCCGCCCCUUGGCCCCACUCUAAUCGGUUUAGAACUCAGAGGUUUAAGGAUCCAGCCAGCAUUCUGGGAAGCCUUGGAUCUCCAGUCCUUUUACUGUAUUCAGGUGUUUCUGUCUCAGGUUUGUGCAAUUGUAAAUGUAACGUUUUCUUAAUUUAUUUCUGUUGUAUACACUUUAGGCACAUCAAGUUCAAGCGAUGUUUCCACACAUGCCAUUCAACAUUAUCAUGGAUGAUCUGAGACACACCCAUUCUCUGGAAGUCACAAUUGAGAAUGUUCUGGAAGGAAACAUUGCUGUUCCAUCGGUACGUUUUUAUGUGAAUACAGCUUUCUUUCUGUGGCUUAAAUCUCCAUUUGAUCGAGUUUUAUGCGACAGGGCCCCUUUUGUUUUAUAAAGGACUUUAGAUAAAAUGGUAACUUCAUCCACAAACUCAGAAUUUGGAACAACCUUAUAAGACUUGUUCAAAAACUCAUUAAACAAAAGAAAGUAAUGUUUAAUGAGUGUCUUUAUAUCUGAUAAAUACACGGCUAAACUUUACGUCCAAUUUUGUAGACCAAAGUAACCCAAAAUCUGAACAUUAAUGCAAGAAUGAGUUGAUCUACAGUGUAUAUCAGAGAUUUUGAAGCAAUUCAAAAACCUUGCAGUUGUGUAUUAUCGGGUGGAAAAACUCUUGGCUUCGCCUCGAGUUUUAAACCUGAUAAUAGCACUCCUGCUCGUUUUUUAAAUAGUACAUAAUAGGAGAGGGAGAAGUCGUUUCGUUACGUUACCAUGGUAGUAAAAUUUCUGGAUGACAACAAACCAAAAACCUCACUUAAAAAGUGGAUUCACGCUGUUUCAAAAUUCAUCGAUCUUAUUCAAUUUAAUUUAAUUUGUCAAAUGUUGGCGAAAUUUUCUGAGGUUGAAUACGAAAGAACCGUAUCUAAGUUUAGAAUAAGAGAAAGAAAAAUUUGGGGUUGUGUUCAUCUACUCCAUUAAGCGGCCGCGUGAAAUUAGAAGUUUCAUGUCGCAGUCGUGCAACGACGGCCAAGAAAUGUACAAAAAAGCGUGAUGCACGUACAAAAUUAUUGUUUUGCUAAUCUAAACCUACUGCUUUUUUCCCGUCCUCGUUGCCUUCAUCAUCGUCGUUGCUUAAGCUUCCUAUUGUUGUAAUCCAGAAAUUUUGGUACCAUGGUAACGUGACGUCAUACUACUCCUCUCUAUUAUCUCAGGGAGUGAAAAUAAUACGCAAACCCCCUCCGUCGCAGGAGUGUCUAACAUCGAUUUUCUUUUAACGGUAUCAAUAUAUAGUCAAAAGAAAAGGUUAGAAGAAUUAAUAAAAUGAUCUCAAGGGGGAAAUGAGUUGAUUUUUAAUCAAGUUCUCUCAACUAAUUCUCUAACGAAAUGUAGGGAGAUCUGAAUGGAGAAUUUGAAUGUGGAUUGUUGGGUCUUAAACGUUGAUUUCUUCUUUACGUAGGUGUGGACUCCACCUGAGGAUCAGCGGACAGUGGAAGAUUCUGAAUUACUACAGAUUGCACAGCCAAGUAUGACAAAGAACUUACCAUAUUAGCGUAUUUGCUACUUGUGUAAGGCACACCUUGCCAAAUUAAGGGUUAUAGAAAAGUUUGUUUACGUUUAGACAAAGGAAGACAAGAGCAAUGAGCAAUGUGUGUAACAACAAGCCUUAUAACCAGAAUGACAGCAAAAAUGGUUCGGGUGACAGUGAUUUUAUUUUUGUAGUUGUGAAAUAGGGAGAGAAUAGUCAUGUAACACAACGUGGUGUACAGGUAGUUGGGGUUGAUAAAUUUUGAGUGGACCGAGAACUAAUGCUUUUAGAUCCUUUUAAUUUUUACAUGGACUCUGAUGCUGAUUCAGAUCACUUUAACUUACUUUUCAGGUUCAACCGCUUCAUCAGAUAACCUUGAUGACACUGGAAGCUUGUCCGCAGAGGAAGAAGAUGUUAGUAGUUCAAACACAGAGAAAGCCAUUGAUGAAGAGCUGCCCGUGAUGGAAGAGAGACAACAGCCGUCUUCAGUGGAGGAGGCGGAGGUGAAAGAAGAAAGCAGCCCACUCACCCAGGAAAUGAGAACAGCAGGGAGUGGAUUCGCAGCUGCUGCUGCAUCAUCUUCAGCUGAGUUCUCUUUACAGCCUUGUGUUAGGCAUACUAUGCUGCUGAAGAGGAAGGAAGCAAUGUUACAGCAAGCAAGGAGGUAA